AUGACGACUAGAUUCCUUGCACUCGUCUUGUUAGGACCGGCGAUGGCAUACGCGGCAGCUUUCUCGAUACCGGAACCUACACAAUAUACGCCAACGGUGCAUGGAUGGAGUCCAGCGCCUACAGCAGCACCGCAGCUUCUUUUCGAUCUGUCCAGACGGCAGCAAGGUGGUAGCAACACCUGUGGAUUCGUUUCUGGUUCUGGUCUCCCAGUCAGCGCGGUAACAUGUCCAAAUCCCACGGAUGUAUGCGCUACCAAUACCAACUUUGCCAUCCACGGCUGUUGCGACCCGGCCCUAGGAACCUCCUGCACAAUAGCCACAGCAUGUAUCGCCUCAACAGCCAUGUCAGCGUCCUGCACAAACGACGCUUGCUCCUCCGACGCCGCAAUAGCAAAGUGCACAGCGAGCUCCGCACCAGCUUGCUACCAGUGGCAGUUCAUCUACGACAGAAUGGUUCUCACACAGUAUGGCUGCGCAGCCAGCGCAUUCACAAGUACCGCAUACCAUAGUCUGGGGAUGAGUGUAUCGACGAGCUCAGCAGCGAAAGAAACAGUUACUGCGACCGUCACUAAGGAGUCUAUCAGCAUGCCAACUUCCUCCAAUUCUUCUUCAUCUUCCGGCUCGUCAAAACCUAGCCUAGGUGCUAUAGUAGGCGGUACCAUUGGCGCUUGUCUCUUCGUCUCUUUUAUCGCUUUCGUCGUCUUCCUCGCGUGGCGCCGUCGUAAAGCCGCGGCAAAGAACAAUCCGCAUUCUGCUGGUGCUUUCCACCAGACGAAUCCACAAUCAAUGGUUGAGUAUGAUCCAUUGGGUUUCCCUUCUCCGGGCUUCUCGUCAUCCGGUUUGCCUUCGCCGGCUAGUCCGUAUGGCGAUGAUAGCAAGGGCUGGCAGCAGCAUUCACCGAGAAUGGGCAGGGGUUCAAUAGGUAUCGUGGAGGUGGACGGGACGUCGAGGGCGGUGGAGGCGCCCACGGCUGAGAAGUGA